UCUGUUUCCCUCCCUCCCCCAUUAGGGCAGAGGGGGUUUCUUUUUGCGUCCUCACGGCAACUUCCGGUUUGCGACGGGUACUUCCGGGGCAGGGUCGCCGCUGUUAGGAGGGGUCGUUGCCGCUGCCCGGAAGCGAGGCAAAGCAGGAGCGAGCUCAGGGGACGCCCCUCCCCCGGCAAGGCUGUUCUGAUCAUCUGACACAAAGGGAAGGAAUUCUGGAUCAAGUAGGCUCUCCAUCAGCCAUUGAGGCAACACUGAGGAUGGAAGGAGUUGAGCUGAAGGAGGAGUGGCAAGAUGAAGAUUUCCCACGACCUCUGCCAGAAGACGACCAUAUUGAAGAAAUGUCAGAUCCGGCUGAAAGAGGGGACCAACCUGCAGAGGUGAAUGGGCACAAAGUUAAGAAGAAACUGGCCGCUCCAAACAUAAAUUUAACCCUGGAUCAAAGUGAGGAGUCCGUCUUGUCCGACUUGGAGGACAGCAGGGAUAUCGACCUGGAUGAUGUGGAGACCCCCUCGGAGAACAGCAACGAGUUUGAGUGGGAAGAUGAUCUUCCAAAGCCCAAAACUACUGAUGUAAUUAGGAAAGGAUCGCUUUCAGAAUAUGCAGCAUCUGAUGAGAAAGAAGAGGAAAGGCGCUGGCGAAUGUUCCGGAUUGGAGAACAAGAUCACAGGGUAGACAUGAAGGCAAUUGAGCCCUAUAAAAAAGUUAUCAGCCACGGAGGCUAUUAUGGUGAUGGAUUAAAUGCAAUUGUUGUGUUUGCAGUUUGCUUCAUGCCAGAAAGUGGGCAGCCAAACUACAGAUACUUAAUGGAUAAUCUGUUUAAGUAUGUCAUUGGCACACUAGAAUUAUUAGUAGCAGAGAACUACAUGAUUGUUUAUUUGAACGGUGCAACGACCCGGAGGAAGAUGCCCAGUCUAGGAUGGCUCAGGAAGUGUUACCAACAGAUCGACAGGAGGUUAAGGAAAAACCUGAAGUCAUUAAUUAUAGUCCAUCCUUCGUGGUUCAUUAGAACGCUUCUGGCAAUCACAAAACCUUUUAUUAGCUCAAAAUUCAGCCAAAAAAUCAGAUAUGUCUUUAGCCUGGCGGAACUGGCUGAACUUGUCCCGAUGGAAUACGUUGGCAUACCUGAAUGCAUAAAACAGUAUGAAGAAGAAAAAUUUAAAAAGAAACCCAAAAGGUACCUGCACAGCCUGAUCAGGACUCUUGCUAAUCUAGCCACCUUUGCACUGUGCUGACUCAGGGUGGAUUUGGCUUGCGGGAAUGCAUACAGCAUGUGUGAACGGACGCGCACCCCUUGCACGUGGACCUAAGCUUAUGCUGUGUCACUCACACUUUCCGAACGGACGGCUUAUUGUGCCAGUUGUCAGCCAAGUAGCCAAAAGGCUAACGCUCCAAUCUUCAAAUGCGGAACUGCGCAAUCCCCCCCACCUCCAGCCACAAUUUCGCAAUUGCUGCAAAAUGCUUCCUUAAAAAUAGAUUGACAUUGGCUACGGCUCGGUAAUCACUUGAGCCUGAAAUUGCUUUAAUUUGCAUCUCCACUGCCUGAACCAACCAAAGAGCUUUCUUGCUUGGAGCUGUCUGCCUUUGCAAUAUCUUCCCCCCCUCCUUUGGGCAUGGCAGGGGUGUGGGACUCAUCAGCGCAUGCUGGACUCUUCUGGUGCUUGAAAGCGCGCAGCCUGCUAAUAAACGUACCUCAGGGCCACGGUCCAAAUCUGAUCACUGGUUGCCAUAGCUACUAACAACUUCCCGUGAUCCAGAAGGUGCCAUUUGCAGAAUGGUUCCAAAAGCCUUGCUGCCGAUGUUGUCAUUUUUCUUCUAGUUCACCUUCAGGGUGGUAUUACAGGCCGAGGACUGUGCACUAGGCACCUUAAGAAGCUUUCACAGGAAGGACGCUUUUCCGUGUGUAAUCCAAACCCUCCUGCAAUUUAAGGACUGUCGUCCUAGGAGGGAUUUCUAUAACCAAUCUCUUGCUGAUUGCACGGGAACUCUUGUUCGCCUUGUCCUUGCAUGAGGCUCCGCACGGCUUUGAGCUCAAGUUCUGUUUUUGACCUUUGUACUGAUCAGUAAAACACCAAACCCAAAUGGGACUCGUUUCAAACGAACCUGCAGCUUACUAGCUGUCUGUCUUUGAAGCCACAGCUUUCAUUCUGUGUCAGCCCCAUGUUUGCUUAGAUCAGAAAGAAGCCCAGCAGCUCCGCAUUCCCCAAUUGUGGGGACUUUUUCUGUAAACAUGCAUCGGGUUGCAACCUUACAAGUGUAAACUGUGGAGGGGACAGUCCCGAACUCUGGCAGAGACCUGCUAACAUCUAGGAACUUGCCCCUGGAUGCCGCUCACUUGGAGCCAUGAGGGGACAUGUGUGUUGGUCUCUGGGCAGUUGUCCAGAUUGGUGUUCCUGGCUUGACACCCAAGAUCUCACGUGGCUCAGGUUCUGGAAAACGUCACUUAGCCAGGCAUAGCCUUUGUUCCAGGCACCUCUUCGACCGAGAGGCGGGAAUGAUACUUCAGGAAGAGCUCUGUGCCAGGGCGGAUGAAUUUGGGAGGCGAUCCAUGGUGAUGGCACCGAAUCCUUGGCAGCAGGCGAUCCCCUCCAGCUUGGGACUGCAGCGUGAUGUUGGCAGUAGAACCAGGCAGAGCUGGACUGCUAGGCAGCGUCAGCAGGGGAGGUGGCCUUGCAAGCUGCGUGCGCCUCACCAGCUCCCUGUCGUCCAUAAGCUGAGCAAGGAAAGCUUUCCCAAGCCUAGAAUGCCUCCUACGACUUUGGCUCUCUCGGAGCCAAAACACCUACCUCUAGUUGUGCAAGAACAGCCCUUACAAGGCAGGCCAGCCUGAGUUCUCCCCGUCUACCUGCAACAGGGAGCCGCGGCCAGUCCUAGUCCCGGGCAGGCGUGCUUCAGAAUGGAAACGUGCGGGUGCCAUUCUUUGCUAAGGUUAGGAAGCAUUGCUGGGGGCAUGUGCCACCUCCUCCAGUUCCGUGUGAGACCCACACCCUCGGCCUCAGUCUGAAUAAACAGCCGUCCCUUUCCUUGCCGUGGUUUGUGUGCCAUUUGCCUGUUCCCUUGUCAUGGUUGAAUUCACCCUCUGUUUGCCUUUCAAGUUCUGAUUCAUGAUCUGCAGAGAGACUUGCUGCUUUACUUUUGUUAACAGUUUCAAUGCAACUGCCAAAUAAUAAGCACUGUUCUUAUUCCGUCAAGAACUUUCAUCUCCAACAGGGCACAGAAAUGCACCUUUGUCUUGACUCUUGACUUUUUGUCUACUAAGCAGAAUUGACCAAGAUCUUAAUGGGAAACAGGAGCAGAAAACAGAACAAUGAAAGAUUUUUGUGUUUUGGAUCUGAACCAAGACUGAGGAAUGUGUCGAUGAAAUGACGUCUUGCCUUUAUCAAAGCCUGUUCUGAGGAAACCUGCCUCUGGAUUUGUGCCCGAUGGACUACUCGCUGCCGAACAGGUUCUCAAGUCCUGGCUAGCCAUUGGCACGUAACAGCUACCUUUCCUAUAACUGUUUUAUACUGCAGUGUUGCAGAGCAUCAUAGGAAGCACCCAUGUUUUUUAUCCUAAGUGAUGCUUACUCAGUAAAUAUUUAUAUGCUUAAACGUUAAGAAAAAGAGAUAAUAUAUAUUUUUAUGAUUUCUCAAAACAAUAUUUUAUAAUGUUUAUUUGCGAAAACCUGUUGUGGGUAGACCAGGCCAUAAUGACUGCUGCCAUUUAUUCAGUAAUAAAGUGCAUGACAAUUUCUUAUAAAUGGUCAAAUAGUUCCUGGCUGGCAAAUAAACAGAAGCACAACCUCAGCAGUUUACAAAGCUAAGAGGAUGAAAUCGGCCAUCCCAUGCAAAAGCAGAGAUUCGUUGCCAGUGUUCAGAAUACUCGGAUAUCCACUCUGGGUAGGUGUUCUUGGCCCCAAAUGGAUUCUGUCCAUGCCUUAGUCUGUUUGGUCAGUGGGCUUCUAAUUUUGCACAGCGAUGCUUCUGAGAAGAAUUGACGUAACAAAGCGUGAUGCUCGCAGAAUGAUUGCUCUCAUACUUGGCCAGUGGAAGCAAUAUGCAAGUCGCGUGCUCUUGAAUCAAGUCAGCCACCUUCCAAAGAAGGGAUGCCAACCGUCCAGGCUGAAGAUCGAGGGCCGAAUCACGUAUUACAAGAAAUGCAGGCCAGCUCCCCAAAUGGGCACCCAGAGUCACCUCUGUACAAUGCAGUCCUCCUCUCCGUGUAGCAUUCCUUGGCUUUCCUGUCCAUUGAAGGCGCACAGAGUGGAGAAGCCUAGCAUGAUGAUGUCAGAAUAGACGUGUGUGUUUGGCGAUGAAGUCACAGAGAGAAGAAACUCGAUGGAAGGGUGUUCUUCUCAGUGACAGCCCUGCAUCUCUUGUGUGAAGCGUGGUUGCACCCCGAAAAUGAAGGUGGGAUGAGACAGGGCUGCCAUUGCGUAGCCUGAGAAAGCCCUGCGGUUUUGACCCAGCACCUUCCACAAGCACUGAACUCACUUUAUACGCUUUUUUUGAUUUUGUUUUUUAAAAAAUCAGACCUGCAUGUCCACAAGCUUUCUCACCUGUGCACAGGAAGCAGCUGCCCUCGUGUGGCCCAAGUCACGGUUGGUCCUGGGUGCUCAUGUACACUGUGGACAUACUAUAUGCACUAAUCCGACGGGUCCGUCAUCAAAACCAUUGAUUGUAGCAGAGUCGUUAAAACACUUUGCUGACCUUGGAAGAAACACUUUAUAAAUACACUUGUUUUUAAAACUUGUCUUGCAUGUUAGCGACGCAGUCAGAAGCACCUUUCCAGUCUCCAAACAGUGUUUACUUGUGGGGGGGGAAGUGCUGCCCGUAUGUCAGUUUAUAACCUCUUCAAUAAAUAGUGUUUUUACAUUAAAA